AUGGCUUCAAAAUUUGGUAAUUACGAUAUUCAUUAUAAUAAAGAUGUUGAUGAAGUUGAUGAUGAUGGUGUUUUAGUAAUUAAUAAAAAUAAUAGAUUACAAGCUAAAUAUCCUGAUUUUUUACCAACUUGGGAUCCAAAACAAAAAUUAUCUGCAUUAAAAUUCAAAAAAUAUAUUGAUCCAGGUUCAAGAGCAGAUCCAAAUUUUCCAAAUUUAUUUCCAAAAAGCAACAAAGAUUUCAAAAUUAAAAGAAUCACUCCUAAAUUUGGUAGUGAAAUUGAUGGUAUUCAAUUAUCUCAAUUAAAUGAUAAAGGUAAAGAUGAAUUAGCAUUAUUAUUAGCACAAAGAAAAGUUUUAUUAUUUAAUGAUCAAGAUUUUGCUUCAAAAGGACCAGGUUUCGCCGUUGAAUUUGGUAAAUAUUUUGGUAGAUUACAUGUUCAUCCAAGUUCAGGUUCACCAAGAAAUCAUCCAGAAUUACAUAUAACUUAUAGAAGACCAGAAAAGGGUGAAAUGGAAAGAAUUUUUGAAAAUAGAACAACAAAUACAAGUUUUCAUAGUGAUGUAACCUAUGAAAUUACUCCAAGUAGAUUUACAUUAUUUCAAGUUUUAGAAAGUGGUGACGGUGGUGAUACAGUUUUUGCAGAUACAGUUGAAGCAUAUAAUAGAUUAUCACCAGCUUUUAAAAAAAGACUUGAGGGUUUACAUGUUUUACAUACUUCUGAAGAUCAAGCUAAAAAUUCAUCAUUUCAAGGUGGUAUUGAAAGAAGAAGAGCAGUUUCAAAUAUUCAUCCAUUAAUUAGAAUUGAUCCAGUAACAAAAGAAAAAUCAAUUUAUGUAAACAGAGCUUUUGGUAGAAGAAUUGUUGAACUAAAACAAGAAGAAUCUGAAUUUUUGUUAGAAUUUUUAUACAAUCAUAUUGAAAGAUCUCAUGAUUUACAAUUAAGAGUUAAUUGGGAAAAAGGUGCAAGAAAUAAAGUUGCUUUAUUUCAUAAUUCUGGUGUUUCUCAUACUGCUAUUUUUGAUACUGAUGAUGGUGAAGUUAGACAUGCGUUUAGAAUUAGUGUUUUAGGUGAAAGACCAAUUCUGGAUUUACAAGAUUUAAAUAAAGAAGAAUAUACUCCUGGUGAUUUAAAACAAGCUUUAAAUUCAAUUAAACCUAUAUAG